AUGGAAAAAGUUUAAAGUCAAACUUAAUUAACAUCACAUACUGCUCUGAGUCCAAUAAUCAAAAAGCUUAACUUAAGAACUGAUAAACGAGGGUUUCUAAUUCUGAAGGGAUCCAAGAGUCAUGGCAUAACCUUUAAAGAUUAGAUCAAAUAGGGUGAACUGCAUACGAUAGUAAUGGUCGAAAGUUGGAAGCAAUUAAAUUAUGAUAAUAAACAUAAGAAAAAAGCCACAGAAUGCUGUGUGAUCUAUUGA